AUGAACGGCCACGAGUCACCCCCUAGCCCCACGGCCACCACCAGCGCCCAGUCGUGGCACGACGAGGCGGCGACCUGUGUCCCGUCUCCGGCAGAAACCCCACGGUCAACCACGUACCCAACGGACAGCAGCACGGAGAAGCAAACUAAAGUGCAUACGGACGAGGUCGACGGCCCACUGACGGUCACGACUUCGCACCUGUCAGGAGUGGCGGCGACCCAGCUGGAGAUGCUCCUCCACUCGAGCGUCCGACAGCACGGACACCCGGCCCACGUCGGUGCAGGUAAAGGUGAAGAAGGCGUCUUGGAGGAGCGUAUGACUGUAGACCUCGGCAAUGGACCGGAAGAGGCGGUCAUUGUCGAGUGGCGUAAAGACGAUCCAGAGUGCCCAUACAACUGGUCUUCGACACGCAAAGCAGCCACCACCUUGGCCGUGUGUUACCUCACCUCUCUCACGGCUGUCAACGCGACCAGUACAGGCGUCAUGGCCGAAUGGGGCAUACCGUGGUUCAACACUACACACGAGGGGUACAUCGUCGGCGGAUUCUGUUACCUCUUUGCAGUGGCGAUUACGCCACUUGUGCUCGCCCCCAUGAGCGAGUUGUUUGGCCGAAACGUGAUUUACCACGUCACAAGUACCAUCAAUGCGCUCCUGUUCAUCCCGCCGAUCUUCUCCCACUCGUACUCUGGCCUGCUCGCCGCAAGGUGGUUCCAAGGCAUGGUCUCGAGCGUCGGCAACUCAAUGGUCGGCGGCAGCAUUGCCGACAUUUACCGCGCGGCCGACCGCGGACCCAUGAUGAACGUGUUUGCCAUCUUCAUUUUCGCCGGGCAGGCCUUUGGUGGCGUGUGCUUUGGAUGGAUCGGGAUGAAGCUGGGCAUCAGGUGGUGUUAUGGGAUCCAGGGGAUUGCGGCUGCGCUGUCGUGUCUGGUCAACUUUGCGGUUUUGAGGGAGACGAGGUCGGACGUCAUCCUUGCGAGGAGGGCAGCGAGGUUGACAAAGGAGACUGGACAAAAGCAUGUCACCGCCGCCGAGCUCCAGAAGAAGAGCUUGAAACAACUUUUCAUCGUCGCCUUGCGACCACUGCAAUAUCUCUGCACGGAACCCAUUGUCACCGCCAUGUCCCUCUGGGUUGGGUUUGCCUGGGGCUGCGUCUUCCUCGGCACCUCUUCAGUCCUCCUCGUCUUUGGCCAGUACGGCUGGAACUCUGGACUGAGGGGCACUGCCGAGAUAUGCACCCUCAUCGGCGGCAUUCUUGGAUUUAUCAGCAACUAUCACGCAGAGUACCUGUACGCCCGUGCCGCAGCCAGAGCACCAGAUGGACGAGCGGCACCAGAGGUACGCCUGUAUUGGGCUGCCACAGGUGGACUCCUCUUCCCUCUUUGCAUGUUCGGGUUUGCGUGGACCGGCCAGCCCCACAUCCACUGGGCUGUGCCAGCGGUGUUCCUCUGUCUGAGCUACUGGGGCAUCUACAUCAUGUACUCAAGCGUCUUCAACUACCUGGCCGACGCGUAUGAGACGUACAGCUCCUCGGCACAAGCUGCACAAAGCUUUUCGCGCAACGUCUUCUCCAGCAUCUUCCCGCUCUUUGCGACAGCCAUGUACACGCACUUGGGGUACCCCGUCGCCUCGACAGUAGCUGCAUCCAUUGGCCUGGUGCUGGCUGCCGCGCCAAUUGCGCUGGUGUUUUACGGCAAAAAGCUGCGGCAAAAGAGUAAGGUUGCGAGCGCCAUUUGGGCGAGUGAGUCGGAGGGCAAGUAG